AUGGUCCUACACAAAGGGCAACUGGAGGCCCAGCUGAGGGACGAGCAUGUCCUCAUAAAAACCGGCGUCCUUCGGGAAGAAAACCCCUUGGACCUGUCCGAGGGCUUUCACGACUUUCUCCAAGCAUGCCGCCGAGGCGACCUCAAGAGAUGCCAAGAGCUGAUUUCCGCCGGUGUUAACAUAAACGGCAAAGACAGCUUUGACUACACCCCCCUCAUCGUUUCCACAGAUCCCCUCCAGCCGUGGGCAUCUCACAUUACGUCUCUCCUCUCCAAAGACGUGCCCAAGACAGCCGACAUUGGUCUCAUCGCCGCCUCCGAAUCUUUUCAGCUCCACAAAUUCAUCCUCGCUUCCAGAUCUCCUUAUUUCAAGAGGAAAUUCUCGGAUGCCGCAGGAACGAGGACCUGGAAUCUACCAGCGACCAUCCCGGCUGAUGCCUUUCGCCUCGUGCUGCGCUAUCUCUACCUCGGCGAUAUUCCGAAAGAUCUUGUCGACCCACGUAGCAUGGCGACCGAGGAGGAGGUUCUCACGAGCGCUGAUAAGAUCAGCAAGCAGCUUGAAAUUGAGAAACUCUGGGAGGCGCUGCUGACGACCGAUCGUCGACUGGCCCGCCAGCGGUACCAGGACGAGGUAAACCGGGCUCAGAAACAGAUCGACAGUUUUUACCGGGAAAACGUCCUCCCGCAUAGAAUGGUCAUCGACACAGAGAGGGUCAAUGAGAUUAAGUGGCGGCAUGAUAAUGCCAUUUUUGCCGAUUGCCUGUUGCGCGCCGACGAACCCGACGACGAGCAGACACCUGAGAACGAGCCCGCCGACACGGACGCCGCGGCGAACGAUAGCAGCAUCCCAAUCGGCCCCUUCACCAACGACAAGCCGAAGAAAACUAGGCGGUCCGUCGUGUACCCGCCCGAAGAGGAAGACACGGAACCCAUCAACAUCUACGACGUCAUACAUGCCGCGUGGGACCUGAGGGUGCAGCGGCUCGAGGAGUUCGCCGCUCGGUACCUGGCGUACCGGCUGGAAGACUACAUCGACGAAGCCGAAUUCGCCGACCUCAUCAAAGAAAGUGCCGAGCGGCUGAAGAACCGCGAAGAGACGGACACUAUUGAAUUGCUAGACGAUAUCCGCUACUAUCUUUCGGAGCGUUUCCGGCUGCGGUUCGAGGAUGCCGGUCUCGACGAGAUGAUGGACGAGCAGGGCGAGAUCAACGCGGCCGCGGCUGCGUCGCUGGCGGAGAGCAGCCAGGAGGCGCAGCAAAAGGCCGAGGACGGCUUGACUCUGCAAGAGAUCGACCUGAGAGUUGUCAAGUCGGAAGAGCCUGCUGAGAAGGAAGAAGCAACCGAAGAGACAGGCGGCGUCAUGACGCUUGAUGGCGCCGUGGCCGAAGACGAGUUUGCCUCGGAUGCGAUCAACUACCAGAUCCUGCUUGGAAAGAUCGACAUCAUGCUAGAACGCCUUAAACUUGACGCAUAG